AGAUGAGAGUUCUUGAGCUUUUCUCGGGAAUUGGCGGAAUGCAUUACGCUUUGAGAGCUCUUCUUAACUCAAAUAAGAGCGAUAUUAAAGCGGAAAUCACAGCUGUGGAAAAUAAUCAGAAUGCGAAUGAAGUGUACAGUUUCAAUUUUGGAAUUGAACCUAUUUGCAAAAACGUGGAGUCAUUACCUCGAAGUUAUUUUGAUGCUUCUAAAUUUGACCUUCUUCUUAUGAGUCCUCCUUGUCAGCCGUUUACACGUUUGGGUGCAGGAAAAUCAGAAGGUGAUAUGAGAUGCGAAGCAUUUUUGUUUAUAAUCGAGUGCCUAGAAUUGUCUGAAAAUCCUAUCAAUUUGAUUCUGCUUGAAAACGUGCAAGGCUUCGAGAAGUCGACGCCUCGAAAUGCAUUGAUCGAAUUGUUGCUGAAGAAAGGUUUUGAUUUGCAGGAAUUUAUUCUAACGCCAUUCCAAUUCGGAAUUCCAAACUCAAGACCGAGAUAUUAUUUAAUAGCCAAAAUGGCAUCAGAAUUAUCAAGAAAUGGAGUCAUACAUCAGCUUCAAAACGGUCCAAUUCAAGAGUUCGGCGAUACUGUGAAAACUAGUGUAUAUGAGAAUGAAGACGAGUCUAAGUUGCUUCAUCAAUGGGAAGAGCAAUACCAUCAAUGCCAUUCAGCCUGUGAUUAUUAUCAUCCAAAAGUGAAAGCAAUCAGAAACUUUUUGAAAGUUCUACCUGCUGAAAGUUACGAGGCGGAUAUUUGCGAAAAUGUGGGUGAAAAAUCUCAUCCUUUUCCGAUUGAUUUUGAGAACUUAGAAAAUUAUAAAAUUAAUAAUGAUGAUUUGAUUUCCAAGUUCCACAUUUGUGAAAUUUUUAGCUUCGAGUCAUCUUGUUUUACAAAAGGAUAUCCGAAAUGCCUAGGGAAGUCAGGUUCAAUUUUAAGAAUUAAGAAAAGUGAAGAAAAUGAUGACUUUAUGCACAGGUAUUUCACAGAAUAUGAAAUAAGUUCACUUUUGGGAUUUCCUAUUGAUUUUAAAUUUCCUGAUAAAAUCAAUUUGAAGCAGAGAUAUGCGAUGUUAGGGAAUAGUUUAUGCGUUCCAGUUGUGACUCAUUUACUGGAUUUGUUAAUUGAUCUGAAUAAAUUUUUAUGAA